UGGAUUAUGAAAUCACCCACUAUGUUCACGAUUAUCUUCAGAGCAGUACAUAAUACAUGUUUUAAUAGAGUGCUCUAACAAUGAAGACGAAGUUCUAUGUGGUUGUGUUUUUGAUUGUUACAUUAAAAGUUAGUGAAGAAGCUGAAAUAAGUCCAAUUUCAGAUUUGAAAGGUCACAAAGCCCAGUCCUCGAAUCCUGAAGUUUCUGUCAGCGGUGACGGUCGUCUCACUAAAACUGAAAUGGAUGGAUGUUCCGUGACAAUUGGCAUUCAAGGUACGGAAGAUCCAAAAGCUAAAGAACCGAAAAUUGAAAAAGGAGCUCCUGGUUCCAAUGGACUACAAGGUCCUCCCGGUGUUAAAGGAGAAAGAGGCAUUGCGGGACCUCCUGGUCCUGUUGGUGCUAAAGGAGAAAAGGGAGUUAAAGGAGAAAUUGGUGAAAAGGGAGAAAAAGGGGCAUAUGCCAUAGGUAAAAAGGGAGAUACGGGCGCUCCAGGACUCAAAGGUGAUAAAGGUUUCAUGGGUGACAAAGGUGACAAGGGUGAAGAAGGAUGUUGUAAGCGGUGCUCAACAGGCCUUACUCCUUCGGAAAAUGAUCUAAAGACUCCUGGAACCUCAUCAAAUCCAGCCCAAACUUGCCGAGACAUUGAAGAUGUCACAACGGAGGAGACAGUAUUUCUUAAUCCAGUGGAUCCAUUCACUGAUAUAUACUGUGACAUCGAGCAUCAACAAGUUUGUUUAAGAAACAUUGAACCAGGACAACACUAUCAAUAUCAGAAUGAGGGUUUCUGGCUAAGUACCAAGGGCUUUAAUAUUACAUAUUUUUAUAAUAUGAAAACAUUAGAAAAUAUUGAAUACCUUAAAAGCAUAUCGAAAUAUGUUGACCAAGUAAUCAGAGUGUACGAUAAGAAUAUUUGUAAAAUAUCAAAUUAUGAUGUAACCAAGUAUAUACAGUUACUUCUGAACACUGAUGUGAUUAUUGGACCAAGACCCACAGAAAUGACUCCUUUACACUAUACAUAUACAAAUUAUUCGAAUUGUAACACUGAUGCAGAUGGCGCGUAUAUUGAAAUAAAGAAUACCUUUUCAUUGAAACAUGUUCCUGUCUUGGACUUUUAUAUAAGAGGUUCGACAGAAAAUUCCGAGUUUCGUAUAAAAAAUCAUGUGCUCUGUUUUCAUGAGAAAUAAGUAAAGUCCGUUACAAUCA